AGCGACAUUUGGACCUUUUCUAGCUGCUACUCGCAACCAAAUCCCACUCUGUCUUCCCCAAUCGUUCAGUCUCUCUCUCUCUCUCUCUACUCUGCCCUAUGCUUGAAAUAAUUCUACAGUAGACUGACUAGCGAAGAAGAAAGAAGCAGCAGCAGACCACCCCAUCACUGUUUGAUUCGAUUAUUCAUAAUCAACUGACGACCAUCGGUUGUCUCUGUUCCAUCCUUUUGAAUUUGGGUUUCUGUUAAACUGAACUAGGAAGACUGCUGUAUCAGAAGAAGUUAUCUGGUCACGGGGAGCACAAGACCGAACCAGUGGGCUGGAACAAUUUUGGCAUGAAAUUUUGAAUUCCCCAUUUUCUUGCAGCUGUGGCAUUAGAUCUUCUUCAUACUUGGAGAAGAAGUCGAUGAUUCACAAAAGUUUUAAUAUAGUUUGGUAGCUAUUAACCAUGGUAUAAUCAUUGCUAUUGGAACAGAGCAAGACUUGGCACAUCUCUACUGUUUGUUCUUGAUCAAGACUCCAUAAUGGCAGAGCUCAGUCCAAGGACUGAUACUUCUACAGAUGGGGACACUGACGACAAGGCUAUGGGGUUUCAUAGUGGCCAAUCACAUGGGCUUGUGGUUUCUGAUGCCAGCGAUAAGUCGAGGGACCAAAAGACACUUCGGCGGCUUGCUCAAAAUCGUGAAGCUGCAAGAAAAAGUCGGUUGCGGAAGAAAGCUUAUGUGCAACAGCUAGAAAGUAGCAGAAUGAAGUUGAGCCAACUUGAGCAGGAGCUUCAGCGAGCCAGACAGCAGGGCAUCUUCAUUUCAAGUUCAGGAGAACAAUCUCAAUCAACCAGUGGAAAUGGAGCCUCAUCUUUUCAUGUUGAAUAUGCACGAUGGCUGGAAGAGCAAAACCGGCGAAUUAGUGAGCUAAGAGAUGCUGUUAGCUCACAUGCUGCUGAUGGUGAACUUCGUAUUAUUGUUGAUGGGGUCGUGUCACAUUAUGAAGAUAUUUUCAGAAUAAAAGGUGAUGCUGCAAAGGCCGAUGUCUUCCACAUUCUAUCGGGCAUGUGGAAAACACCUGCAGAACGUUGUUUUCUCUGGUUAGGUGGAUUUCGUUCAUCAGAACUCCUCAAGCUACUUGUAACCCAACUGGAGCCAUUGACUGAGCAGCAGUUAUUGGCCAUCAAUAACUUACAGCAAACAUCACAGCAGGCAGAGGAUGCGUUGUCGCAGGGAAUGGAUGCUUUGCAGCAGUCCUUAGCUGAGACGUUAGCAGGCUCCGUUGGUUCAUCAGGCAAUGUAGCCAACUACAUGGGCCAAAUGGCCAUGGCAAUGGGGAAACUAGGAACACUAGAGGGAUUCAUUCGACAGGCGGACAACUUGCGGCAGCAAACCUUGCAACAAAUGCACCGGAUACUGACAACACGGCAAUCAGCUCGAGCAUUAAUAUCUAUCAGCGACUAUUUCUCACGUCUAAGAGCUCUUAGCUCCAUAUGGCUCGCACGUCCUCGUGAUUAAAUGAGUCAUCCUCCCAUUAUCAAUCAAUGAAAACCCACCCCGAUUCUGUUUUCUUGCUUUUCGUUGCCGAUUAGCUAUAUAUAGCCCAAGUGAAUCAUUGACUAUGAAAUAUAUCUUGUAACAUCCCAUUAACCCCUGCUUGUUAUAUUUUCAUAAGUUUUUGUAAUUAUUGAACGUUGAAAGAC